AUCAAAACCUCCAUCAAGGCCAUCGGCUGGCGCGAAGAGUUCAUCCAACCGUUGCGUGAGCUCGUAGCUCUCGUCCAUAACCUCACCAAACACACUUUCCUAUUCGCGAAAUACACUUUCCUGUCAGAGUUGUCAAAAAACGAUGGGUUCGAGCUUCACGCUUACGUCCAAGAAGGCUUUUUCGUUGAAGUCUUCCUCUCGGUCACAAACAGACGCACGAGAAGCAGCACCGUCAGAGCGGCGACCAGAACCUAUCGCGAUCUGAUCAAUCCGUAUGUCGAAUCGUUUUGCCGCCACGCAUCGUUCGCGCCACCAGAUCUACCAAACGCCCAGCAAAUUGCCCUAUAUCAAGCAAAGCAGAUAUAUACCGCUUACAUUAAUAAUAUCAAAGAACGAUUUGGACAGCAUUUGCGGCGAUAA